UAGGGUUAGGUUAGAACUUAGAUUAGGUUAUGUUAUGUUUAUUUAUUUGACUAAAUAAACUAACUAAGUGAUAUUCUCGUGAUGUGCUUUUACUAUCACAAAUCGUGCUAUUGCGACUGUGUUUAGGUUUGUUUCGCUCAGAAACAAUCAGUUGUUACUGUAUUAAUUCUUGAUUUAUCAUCACUAGCCUAUAUUUUUAUGAACGGUUCAGGUUAACACAUCCAUUAUGUUCAUGUAAUUAGUAAUUUUUAGGUGUUAACAAUGCUAUUUAGAAACUAUUUGAGACAUUUUGGGCUCAAUCACUGUGCUUAUAAAAGGAUAGGCCUAGGCCUAGUCUCUAAUUUAAACGAAUCAGCUCAGACUUCAAAUGAAGUUGAGUCAUCAUAUGAGGAAUCUGACAGCUUAGAAAACCCUCAGCCAGUCAAAUUAAGCCCCAAGCAAAAGCAUAUCAAUAAAAUUAAUACUUUUUAUAAUGCCUACCCACAUUUAACCCCUUUUAAAAACUUUCUCCCAGCAUCAUACCUCUUUCAGAAACCUGCAAUGAAAGAUAAAUUAAGAAUUUUCCUAAUUGACAAAGAAGUUGCAUGUGAUAUUAUGAAGAAGCUUCAGGCACAUCUUGAAACCUACAGUGGACAUGUCAUUGAAAUUGGUGCUGGAGCAGGGGUUCUUACUGAAGAAUUGUUAAAAACCCAGUUACAAAAUUUGAGAAUUUAUGAACCAGAUUCUGACCUUUAUGACCACCUAAAGAAACUGAUAGAGCUCCACAAAAGCAGUGCAAGAUUAAUAAAGGCAGACUUACAACACCUUGGAAAUAUCAUAAAAUCAGAUGCCCUAACCAACGGGGAUAAGAUGAGAAUGAUAUUUGAUGGUUUGCCAUCUUUGAAUUGGGAAGAUGAACCUGCUGUGAAGGUAAUUGGAGCAAUGCCUAAUGAAAGGUUCAUAGCACAUAUCAUGCUUUCCAUAACUCUGCAGACCGGGCUGUGUCAGCUUGGAAGGCCAGAGCUGUUUCUAAUGUUUCCUGCUGAUAUAUAUGAGAAGCUCACAUCAAAUCCAAGUAAUCAGAAAAAUUACAGAAGCAAUUGUGUAGCAUUUCAAGUCUUGUUUGACCAUGAAGAGUUAGCUAGACUACCAGAGAAAGCAUUUGUUCCUUGGUGUGCCAACCCAAGGUCAAAGAAUAAAUCAAAAGAGAACAAAGAAGCAAGUGACAAUGUAUGCCUGGUCAGAAUAACACCCAAAAGAGACCUGUUACAAAGAAUAUCUCCAGAUCUGCUCAGAAACUUUUUAUAUUUUGUGAAAUUUAUGAUGCGUAAACAAUCUGCCUCAUUAAUUGACCUAAUGGAAAGGUGGGUGCCGGGUUGUGGAGUUCGCCUCAUUACAAGAGGUUACACUAUAUAUACCGAUUGUGGCUCCCUCACUCCAGAUGAAUAUCUGGAGAUCUUCUUAGAAUUUACAUCAUGGCCAGAAUUUAGUUCUUCUUCUUUUAUCCUGUCGGCAGAAAGUUUUUUGGGAGGACUUUUACAGAACGAUCUUCAAGAAGAACUAUUUUCAGAUGCAAAAUUCAGCAGACUAUUUCACAGAGAAACCAAUGUGCCUGAGGAGGAAGAAGAAGUUUUUGACAACAAUGCUAACUUAGAACUUAGAGACAAAAGUAUAAAUACUGAUAUCCAAGGUGGCUAGUAAAAUAUGCACAUACUAUGGAUAGCAUUUGAAUUGUACCCCAUAGUUCCUCAUACACAAUUAGACUAGAAGUAAAUUAUUUUUUGAUCGGGCAUUGGACAGUCAGAAAAAAAUAUUCCUUAAGUAAUUUUUAGAUAAAUAUGUUCAAGACCAGAGCUUGGGCAGUAUCUUCAUAAAUUUAAAAAUCUUAUUUAUUUUGGAUUUAUACAAAAAAGACAAAAUAUUUAAAUGUGACUGAUUUAGUGGACUGUUGUCAAGUGAAUAUUGAACGAUCAACGUCAAGUGCACCUUUAAAAAAACAUGUUUUUUUUAUCAAAUAUAUGUUACCGUUAAUCCUCUGGUGAUAGUGACUAAUGGAGAAAAGCAGGAUUGGCUGGGCUUUGAUGUCAUUUGCAAGUGAUGUCAUUUCAUUGCCAAAAUGUUUUGGUUUUCAAAUGUUUCAGAUUAUGCAUUUAAACGAAUUAAU